AUGAAAGAGAGCAAGAGAGAGCAAAUGAACGAGAGCAAAAGAGAGCAAACAAAAGAAAGAGAACAAACAAAAGAAAGAGAGCAAAAGAAGGAAAGAGUGCAAAAGAGAGCAAACAAAAAAAGAGCAAAAGAGAGCAAACAAAAGAAAGAGAGCAAAAGAGAGCAAACAAAAGAAAGAGAGCAAGCAAAGGAAAGAGAACAAACAAAAGAAAGAGAACAAACAAAAGAAAGAGAGCAAAAGAAGGAAAGACAAACGAAAGAAAGAGAUCAAAAAAGAGCAAAUGAAAGAAGAAGAGCAAAAGAGAGCAAACGAAAGAAAGAGAGCAAACAAAAGAAAGAGAGCAAGCAAAGGAAAAGAGAAGCAAAAGAAGGAAAGAGUGCAAAAGAGAGCAAACAAAAAAAGAGCAAAAGAGAGCAAACGAAAGAAAGAGAGCAAAAGAGAGCAAACAAAAGAAAGAGAGCAAAUGUAAGCAAACAAAAUAAAAGAGCGCAAACAACAGAGAGCGAGCAAAAGAAAGAGAGCAAAAGAGAGCAAAUGAAAGAAAAAGAGCAAAAGAGAGCAGACGAAAGAAAGAGCGCAAAAGAGAGCAGUCGAAAGAAAGAGAGCAAGCAAAAGAGAGCAAGCAAAAGAGAGCAAACAAAAGAAAGAGAUCAAAAAAGAGCAAACGAAAGAAAGAGAUCAAAAAAGAGCAAAUGA